UUCUUGCGUGUAUGCAGUUUAAAAUUGUAAAUCGCACUUUUAAUAACCGUGAUUUGAAAAAGACCAUCGUUAUCGGUAUCGGCCCGCACUCACACCUAUUUAUCACCGCCUGCUGGCCGGGCAUUCCAGACGGCAGCGCUACUACAACUUCAUGAAUUGGCGGAGACGUCUAAAUAAUACAUUGCAAGGUAAGCGGCUGAACGAGUUUGGAUGGAGAACAAAUCGUCUGUCUCUGCUCUUCAAGAAUAUUGCGCCCAAAACAAAAUAGCAGCCCCAGUGUACGAAUAUAUUGAUGGUGAAGAGGGUGGUUACGUGUGCAAAGUAACGCUUCUUGACAUCGAAGCGUAUGGCAACGGUCGAUCAAAGCGAGACGCCAAGCAUUUAAGCGCUCUAAAUGUACUACGUAAAAUUAAAAAAUUGCCUGGAACUAAGCUCGGCGGAGAUGGUGAUGGCAACGAAUACAGCGGGGAGAUACCCGGCAUCGAUGAGUUGGUCGACGAAAUGGGCAAUCACAAUCGCGACAUGCUAAAGGAACUGCGCGACUUCUGUGUCAGUCAUGACAUGCCAUUGCCCACCAUUGAAAUAGUCCAACAAAGCGGCUCCCCCAAUGCACCCCAAUUUGUGGCCUGUUGUGCUGUGGCUUCAAUCAAACGCUACGGCAAGUCCGACAAGAAGAAGGAUGCACGUCAGCGCGCCGCCACCGCUAUGUUGUGCGUCAUCUCCCAGGAUUUGAAUGAUUUGCGUACACACACCUCCCAGUUAAUACCCGUAAACAAGGACCCUGGCAACACUAUUGAGGACAUUGAAUCGGAGCGUCGUCUCAAGUUCAAGACAUAUCGCGAGCUAACCGACUCGGGCAAUACCGAGAACACCAGCACCAAGCUAUGCGAUCGUCACAAUUACUUUAAAAAGUUCUUUCCUAAUCUAAAAACAGCCGCUAUUGAAGUUAUGAACUCGGGCGAUUAUACGACAAACAAAGAUACGGUGCUGGCUAUGCUCGAAGCUCUCAAGCUGACCCCACGCAUAACCACAUUCGACUCCGGCACCCUGGAGCCAUUGUUGCUAGUCGAACUGAACUGUGACUAUGAUUGUGUAUUCAUGGGCUUGGAAAGUCAAAUUUAUGGUCAAAUACUAGCUUAUUUCAAUGACAUGUUGAUUUAGAUUUAUAAACCAUACUUGUACAUAUAUAUAUAACAUUUAUUUUAACUAUGGGUUACCUAAAACUAAAAAUACUUAUUUACAUUGCGUGUGUGUGUGUAAUACGUGUGUAAUUGCAAACAAUUUGAAAUAAUGCACAUUAAUAUAUUCUCGCAUGUAUUCUAUACUUUGUACGAUUCCUAAAUAUAGUACA